AUGGAUCAUGCACAUCAUCAUCCACCAACCCACUCUGGUAUGCAAUCGGCAGCUCAUUCAAUGGAUAUGAAAAUGUACUUCAACACAGAUCUUCACUAUACACUACUUUUUUCACCUUGGGUUAUCGACACGGUUGGAAAAGCCGUUGUGGCAUGUCUUGGUUCUUUCCUUUUUGCCAUUAUAUAUGAGGCUUUAGAAGCUUUGAGACAUAAUUUACUUUUGCGUGCAUCAUGUAACAAUCGAUGUCCGCUUCCAUACAAUUCAACAUUGCAUGGUGAAAACUCCUUCGGCACUACAUCUUGCCCUGGUUGCUCAAUUCCAUCUGAUACUAAUUCCAACAAAGUUUACCUUAAUCCAUCUGAAACAAAUGAGGAUGUACACGUCAGUGUUGUAUCGACUUCGUGCCUACAAAAACUUCGGUCUUACUGUUCAAGUUAUCAUCUCGUUCAAACAAUGCUGCAUAUGUUACAAACACUUAUGGGUUAUAUGCUUAUGCUGAUUGUGAUGACGUACAAUGUCUACUUGUUAUUGGCUGUUAUAUUCGGUUUCACAUUGGGAUACUUUCUGUUCGCACAGAAUCGAGCUCUACUACUUAGAUCUCGUAGCUGCUGUCAUUAGGUGGCUGGCUAGUCAGUUGACUGACGGUGAAUUACGAAUUUGUUCAAGAAUAACCAAAUCAUCUCCAAUUUGAUCUCUUUAUAUUCUUCAUUCAUCGUUGUUAUUAUCACCGCUGUCUCUGUUUGGCUGUUAAUAAUGGUUUUCUCCCAUAGACUAUUUUCUCCUUUCCUCUUCAUUACAUGUAUAUGAAUUGUGUCUUGUCUUCGAUGUUGUUCUUUCGAAUUUGAUUACUUCCCAAAUCCUUCUGAUUUAAAUUUUCACUCGUGUUUCUUGAUUUGUUCUUAUAUUCGUGUAUGUUUUUUGUCCCCUCUCCUAAUGAGCUGACUGUUUUGUGAAUAGUUGAAUAAUCUUUGUUGUACUGAUGGUUUUUUCUGUAGUUGUUCU